AUGGAUGGAUCGAGCAUCUCUGCGUCCUUCAGCGGCUCGAGGGUGGAGAAGGGUGCGCGCUUGGCGAAGCUGGCGAAGGCGUCAGAGCGACUGGUGAGCUGCGCAGUGGCCGACGUGUUGAAGCAGGACUUUGAGGCGCUCUUCGAGGUCGCCUUGUCGCGGGAGGACAUGCAGAGCCUGCCGCAGAUGAAGACAUGGAUGGCCUCGACCCUGGCGGACAAAGCUCACAAGGCUCAGUCCGAGGCUAUGUGGGAUCACCAGGUCGCCGAGUUCCUGGCGCGCCUGGACGCCGGGCCAGAGGCGCCACGGCCUUUGGCAGAGAACGAUUCCUCGUCCGCCUUGAAGGAGUCCGCUGCAGCACACGAGCUGCAGGCGAAGCUGGGCAUGCUCAGGAGGCACCUGGAGCAGCAGGAGUUGUCCAACCAGGCCCAGGAACAGUCCAUCUCCGACAUGAAGGAAGACAUCGAGGCUGCCCACGCCAAGCUGGACCGCGACACCGCGCAGCUGGCCGAGCUGUGUGGCGGAAAGCGGCGUACCAACUGGGGCUGA